AGGAAUUCUGGACUGAGAAGCAUUUAUUAGGCCCUACCAAUGUUGUUGGCCUAGGCCUAGCUACUUCGAAAGUUCUCUUCACUCCCCAUAGACUUUGUACACAACUGCUGAAGUGGAGUCAGGAUGCAACAUUUUUUCCUAAUGGCGUAAUCCAUCCUACUUGGUGUUAAUGGAAGAGACUCUUGAAACGUGGAAGUCUAUCAGUUAAUCGUGUCACUUUUUCAUGGCAUGCGAAUUCACUAUGACAAAAAGUAGGCCUAUGCAUGAUCAGUGCUGGCACCAUUCAUGCAAAUGACUUGUCGGUAGCCUAGUGGAUGUUGUCAACAUCAAAGUGCCCCGUAUAGUGCUGCAAAGUGGCGCAAGAUGGAGAACUCUGCCAAGAAGGUGUUAUUGCCAUGGAGGUGUUCUUACCAUCUCCUGCAUCUGUCCAUGUCCUAUCACCAUGGGCACCAUUCGAAAAAGACACUCCAUCAGGAUGGGUGACGAAACUGCAAAGUACCACCUGCCGUCACUGGAGACUGACACCCUGGACUACCUCACUGACUGCUCCAAGCACUAUGCGCUAAUGCACGGGAUACUGAAGAGAGCAGUUGGUAGUCUGGAUUCCUCCGAGAUUGUGACCUACGUGCCCCACACACUAUUCCCUUCUCCGUUGCCUCAUGGAUUGUAUGAAGUGGCAAAUCAGAUGCAAGACAGCAUCAACAUUUUGAUGCUCAGGGUAGCUACAGAUAAGGAGUUCCUCAUGACUUCACUCAAAAGCACUAUUGCUGUGGACGAUUUCACAUCCAGAUUGAUGGACCUGUAUCAACAAGUGGAAAGUGAAGGACUGAGGAAGCCCAUAUCGAUGUGUGUGGUACGUCCAGAUUAUAUGGUGGAUACGACGGGGCCCGAGUUAGCCUUCAAACAAGUUGAAAUCAACACCAUCGCGGCAGGCAUGGGUGGCAUUGGUAUGCAGAUAGCUGACCUUCACAGGUAUAACGUGGGACUGUGCAAUGAGAUGAAGGCGGAGUUGGCUGGCAACAAAGCUGUCAUGGCGAUUGGCGAGGGAGCAGCAAAGGCAUGGGAACUCUAUGGACGGCCAAAUGCCUGGGUCUUGUUCCUAGUCUCCUCUGCGGAGUAUAAUGUCUUUGAUCAUUGCUGGCUUGAGCACACCAUAAGGUUGUACAACCCGGCCAUCAAGGUCAUGCGAAGGACACUGACAGAUGUUGGGCAGAGGGCGACAGUCGAUCAAAACAGGAGACUUUUCAUGGAUGGUAAGGAGAUUGCCUUUGUGUAUUUUAGGAUAGGCUAUGCUCCGUCCAACUACCCAACCAAAACGGAGUGGAAAGCAAGGUUAUUGAUGGAGCGAUCUCUAGCCGUGACCUGCCCGUCCAUCAACUGGCACCUGGCCGGAACAAAGAAGAUCCAGCAGCAGCUGUCCAAGCCUGGAGUCCUGGAGCGAUUCCUGGAUGACACUGAGGCCAUUGCCUGGAUCAGGAGCACGUUUGUGCAUCAGUAUGACCUGGGCCUUACAGAGGAGGGUGAUGCAGCAGCUGUUAUUGGCAUCCAGAAUCCCGAGAGAUACGUCUUGAAGCCACAGAGAGAAGGCGGAGGAAACAAUCUGUACGAUAGUGAGCUGAAGGCGGAGCUUAAGAGACUGAGUGGGAAGGAGGAGCGUGGAGCGUACAUCCUUAUGGAAAAGAUCCAUGGACAGGUUUUCAAGAAUUACGUGGUUUCGGGGCCGCGGGCACACCAAGCGUCCGACAUGGUGACAGAGUACGGACCAUUUGGGGUCAUAGUGAGCCAUGGAGAUCAAAUACUUCUGAAUAAAACUACCGGUUACUACAUGAAAUCACACAGUGUCAACGUUGCCGAGGGGGGCAUUUCAAUCGGCAAUGCAGCGAUGGAUAGCGUCGCGUUGGUGUAAGGGCAGCAUACCAUCUGACUUCUCACUCUGUGGUUUCAGCAGACCAACAAUUUGUAAUAUGUACGCUACCCUGGCUAUUUAUGCACAUUUACACUCGGAUCAAGGAAAGUGGCAUCAAGUUGUACAGGACAGCGGUACUUGUUAAACUCCUUUUCUGUGACAUGCCCAUGGCAUGGUUGGUCGGUUUUUUUAUCAAAAAUCGUUCUUGUAAAUUAAAGGGCUUGAGCAACAGAUUUUUCUUACAACUCCAUUAUACACUUUUUCUGGCUAUGAAAAGUAUUCGAUGUCACUUUUGGGUUAAGUAUAUUGACAGUUCAACUAUGUUGUUCGAGCAGUACUGUAUUCCAUGGCAUGUCCAGGCCUUUGGUGGGGAAGGGGAGCACAUUUUGCCAAAAAUUUUGCCUUUUUUUUCUCAUCCUUGAAAAAAUCCUCAUCCUCCCCUGCCCACUCACACAAAGGGAAAGUGGUCGUAUCAUUUCUAAAAUACUGGUGAUUUCAAGCCCUAAAAAAAUUGGCAAUAUGGGGGGACCAACUUGCCCAUCUUGCCCCCCCCCCACAUUGCUAAGAAGACACGGACCAGUAGUUUGUUUUUUGCAAAACAGAAAUAAUCAUUGACAUUUAUUUCUGUUUUGCAGUGUAUAUAUCAAAUUAUACACAAGGUCAAUAUAUGAAUGAUUUAUGACUACAAGAGUGAAAGUUAAAUAAGACCGUGAGACUUUGAAAUAGUUGGACUACAGUUUGUCUCUGAACAUACCCAGUGCCAUACUAAAGAUUAUCAUCUCAGCUCAGCCAAUGUGGGAGUGCUUGGUCACAGAGUAGAUACUCGCGUAAUUGUUUUGAUCUUUGCAUAAAGUAGCAUUUAUUUCACAAAUGUUAAAAUAUUGCCUUGUGGCCAAAGAAAUAGGCAAUGUAAAUUGAAUUUAAUAAUGACUGACAGGUUCUGUGCAAUCAGUGUUGUUAUCUAUAGAGCUGAAAGUCUCACUCUGAAUUUUGCCCAGUAAGCAACCACAAUGCAAUGAAAUUGUUUUGUAAAGUAGCACGUUGGACGUGUUGCCUAGUGGUUGAGUUACGUAAGUUUCACUCAGAAGAUGGGGGAAGUUUCAAAUCUAUCCGCUGGGCAUAAUCACUUGUUUACGUUACUGACCCACUGUGGAUAAUUCUGUUUUCAUGCAUCUCAGAAAAGUCAGGAAAAUAGUUAUUUUUUUGUGAAUAGUUUUGUUGGCUGUUCCUGUUCUUUUCACUUCACAAACAACGUUUACCCCACAAUGCCUGUGGACAUGGCUGAAUCCACAGCGUGGACCUCAUCUGUUCACGAAUCUGCACUAGGUGUGUCAGGUUGGCCCAUUGUGCCUCUACUCUCUCCACCGAGGAUAAGUGAGCACUUGUGAGGCCAGAGAUGAUCGAGUAGCAUUUUGUACCCGAAUACCCACUGUAUACUCCCAUUAGCCUUUUAGAAGCAUGGCGGACACAAUAGGAUGGUGGUAUUUGGUUUGGGUAAAAUCUGUUUGCUCCAAAACUGCUCACUUGAAAUAGCGCCCUCCUUGUGUCCUCCUUGCUUCUAAAAGGCUUAUGGGACUUGUUAUAUGGGUGAAUAUGUAGGGAUGCUUUGCCCUGUGAGCAAGGAUAAUGCAGUGCCUUGAACAUCAGUACUAAGGCAUAUGUGCACAUUACUAGCACAUGCUAUUAAUAGCUUUAUUUUGUUUUUGAGGAUGCUACCAACCAAUAAGAACUGUGGUUAUGAUCUGAGGAUAUACAAAAAAUUCUUAAAAUUAUUCCAUUUUUUUUUUUACCAAAACCAAUGACUCUUGUGGAGAAUAAAGCGUUUUGUCUCCACUAAGUCUCAAAAAUGAUUACAUGCUAAGAGUCUGCAAAAAUGUGUUUUCUUGUCACUUGGCACUGACUUCCUGCAGGCCACAGCAAACCUACAGAAUACUUCUUACUUAAAAUAUUGAGAUGUAUAAUAUUAUAAAAUAAAGUUGUAAAUGUCAGUGUAUUGUCAUGGUUAGGCAAAGUGGGUCAAGCCCAGUUGUAUACCGAGGCUUGGCAAAACAUCCUAGGGCACGUCAUCUAUAACAAACAGUAAUCUUUUUCUCUCAAAACAGUAGGUUUUAAAGCUUUAGAUUCAGUCUAAAAUUUAAUGUUUAACGUAUUUGGAGUUAACUUGUGUUCAUGUCUUUAAUAGGCAAAUACCUGGAGACUUGAUAACGACCAUGAAAUUGAUAUACAUUUGUUCAUAAAAAUUGUUUCUUUUUGAAUAUGCCAUAUACAAAAGAAUCAAAUGGGAACUAUUUUUUUCCUAAAGAUCAAUGAAAUACAA